CGAAAUACAUAUGAUCUAUGAUGAGUAGGGCACGCGUAACGGCUGUGUCAGUGUAAUAGAACAUAAUAGUUUGUUGCAAUUAAAGAUGCUAUUGUGUUUCAAUUCGAGGCAGAUAAUUAUUUAAAGGAAAAAACAAGAGUAGACAGAAGAGAAGUUUGGUGCAUUAAACGAACUACAUAAUCGGUCCACGGAGUAGAGCAUGAUCAUCUUCGAGUGAAAGUGACGAAAGCAUGACAGCAAUUGAUCAGACGAUGUGCAUUUGGUUUUCGCGUUUUAUCGAAGUAUCGCGGAACAAUUGAAAAUAAUCCAAUGCCUAUUUUCUGAUGUUGUAACGAUGUGGCCAACGCAUUUCUCUAUUAGCGAGUGUAAUCGCCAUUCAACAAGUGAUCUCGAACUAGUGUUGCAAUACUACAGCCGGUGUACGUCAAUGAAGCAAUGCAAGUUGCAUUAAAUUUCUAAUUGAGCCAAGUAUCAAACGUGGACGAGUGGCCACAGUGUUUGUUGGACGCUGGCUACGUCCAUAGAAACUAUACUCUUUGUGUGCAAAGGUGUUCCACAUUACUCUUGCUAAAAGUGUGAUAAACUAAAGCUGCAGGAUGAUGAUGGGCGACCAGUUUCGUAGCAAAGUGGAGCAGUAUUCGCCAAAGUCUUCGCCGAGAGGCGCACGUUCCCCAGUUGUAUCUCGUCAAGAUUCUACAGGAACACUAAAAGCAACCAUUUCCCUUGGGAAGAAUCCUUCUAUUGUUCACAGUGGGCCUUUUUACUUAAUGAAGGAACCUCCAGUAGAAAGUGAACUCACUGGGGCAACAAAUUUAAUGGCCUAUUAUGGCCUAGAACAUUCCUAUAGCAAGUUUAGUGGUAAAAAACUCAAAGAACAGCUAUCAUCUUUUUUGCCAAACUUGCCAGGUAUUAUAGAUAGACCUGGGCAUCAAGAUAAUAGCUCGUUAAGAUCAGUGAUUGAAAAACCUCCAAUAGGUGGUAAAGAGUUAUUGCCCUUAACAAGUGUGCAGUUAGCUGGUUUUCGAUUGCAUCCUGGCCCAUUGCCGGAACAGUAUAGAUAUGUCAAUCAGGCUCCUCAGAGAAAACACAAGAAUAAACAUAAGAAACACAAACAUAAACCUGGAGAAGUGCUUAGUGGACAGGAGGCUACCACAACAGAUGUAGGUGGUUCGGAUACACAUGAAAAGAAACACAAAAAGCAGAAGAGACACGAUGAAGAGAAGGAGGCUAGGAAAAAGCGAAAGAAGGAGAAGAAAAGGAAAAAGCAGAAACACAGUCCAGAGCACACUGGUAGCCUCACACCAUCUCAGCAUUCCAAUUCGUGAUCUCUAAUCUGUCCCUUUCAGUUUAUGCCAAAUUUUUCAUUAAAACUCUGAAGCAAAUUCCCUGUGUAACUAAAAUAUCUACAUAUAUAUUUAUUUCUUUUAUUAACACCUAAUCACUUUCAUUUUCAUUGUUAAGAAAGAAGAGAGAAACUAUAUGGAAAUCAUGUAUACACACAUUAUGUAUAAAAUAUUUUUUGUUCAGAAGAUUAUGUAUAAGUCUGCUUUUAGAAAAAUUUUGUAUAAAGUUUUAUAUUUUAUAAAACAAUUUGCUCAAUCUUUUUAUU